UAAUAAGUCUCAAAAUUUUGAUUUUAUUUUAUUUAACAUGAAUUAAUAUAGCGUAACACAUAAAAUAAUAGAAAAUGUUGGAUAAAAAAAUUAUAAAAUCAUAUAUUAUGAAACAAUAAAACAUUAGAGAGCUUACCAAAUACAUACCCGCCAGUAAAUCAUAGUCUAAAGAUGUAGCCGCGUGUAAGAAACCCGGGGCGGCUACAUACAGCGGCUACGUUUUACUGGCGAGUUUUUAUACCAUUGCAUUCAUAAUUGGUUUUUAUAUCACAAUAUACAUAAAUUGUAUUUAUUAGACUUCAUAUUAAUGGUUGUUGUAUUUUUUUCAAAUUUGAAGACCUAAGUCUAAUUCAAUUAUGAUUGGACAAUUCAACCGGCUUUAUAGGGUGUGAAUCUAUAGGCUUUGCAGCAAAUUCACUCACGGGUAUUGGAAUAGAGCGGGCACGGCUUUUGUGGGAUUUCUUUGACCACAUUGAAGAUUUGAUAAGAGAGGGUAGGGCCCAUUAACACCAUAUUUUAUGUUAAAUUAGGGUGUUGGGGUAGAGAAGCAGCCGCACUAUCAUCAAAGGAAACGGCUACUUCUUUUUUCGUGUGAGAGUGGAAGGAAAAGACGGCAAUUGAGAGAGGAAGGCAUAUACUUCAUUCGGUCUUCUUCAAAUCCAUUCACGCCAUGGCUUCUUCUUCAAACCAAGUCCCUUAUUCGAGGCCCGAGACGAUCAAUCGUUCAACAGUUGAGAUCAGUACGUACUACAAUAUUAAGUACCUGUCGACAGUAGCGGGGAGACUAAAAGACAUUGGCGGUUUUGCACUGGAGAAUACAUUCAGGCAGGGGUGCUUUGGUAUGUUGUUGGAUUGGGCGCCGGGCCACAAGUGCAACGCUGCAUUGCACCAUAUUGUCUCUCGUCAUCUUAAGAUAACGAGAGACGACACGGAUGAGGACAUCUGCUUCUACAUCAACGGGAGGAGGGUUUACUUUACUCCGAGAGAUUUCGCUCUCGUGACAGGAUUGCCCUUUGGGGAUGAUCCUUUUGAUACGUUGGUUGAGCCCGAUCUGAGCCAGGCUGUAGCGUAUGCACGAUUUUGCCACAAGCCGAAUAUGACAGUGCAGGAUUUGAGCGACAAAUACUUCAGCACGGCCCAGGGAGUGGUGGACCCCGACGGCGGGUUAUACCUCUGUGUGGCCCACUUGUUGGUGCUAUACGCAUUUGUAUUAGGAGUGGACUUGCGACGACCCGUGCAGUCCUGGACUUGGGCUUUGGUGGAGGAUUUGACGGCUUUUUCCAGAUUUCCUUGGGGAUCGUGCGCGUAUAGGUGCUUGAACUACAGGUUGAAGAGUACCACAAUUAAUAUUAAAAAAAUCAAGUACCACUUCUAUGGUCCUUCUUGGGCCCUAUUCGUUUGGGGUCUUGAGGUUAUUCCCGGCUUGGCCAAAGCCAUAGCCAUAUGUAAUGCGGGGAUAUACCCUAGAUUCAAGAGGUGGACGUUCGUGAAAAGCAAGGCUGAUGGGUUACAAGCUUUAUUUGAGACAGAGGAGAGCGGGAUUUGGGAGAUGAGUCCCGAUGAGUACGAGGCCACGACGCAUUACUGGCUAUCGGUGGUAGGCCUCAAUGCUGAUAUAGGGGUUCAGUGGCCAGAGCCGGGAGUCUUCGGUCAUAGACAGGUUCGGGCGCGCUACAGUGGUGGGGACCGCAACAAGCCUACUGUUGAGCAUCAACCACGGCGUCGCAGUGCGAGGCAGGAUCAUGGCAAGCAUCCGAGAGGACAAGUAGUGGACACUUCAUCGAGCAGCAGCCAUCACGAGCAGAGCGGGGGAGAUCACCCCGUAGAUUCUGGUCGAAGGUCUCACAGUCACAGAGCCCCGAGGCCUAGGCACGGGGAGGAGAGUACAGCUCCUGCACCAUCACAGUGGAGCGAGCAGGAUUGGCAGCGCAUGCAGCAGAUGAUGCGCGAGAGUGAGGGCUGGAUAGCGAGGAAUGUGGAGGAGAGCCUCUUCACGAGGAUUAAGAAUUGGUUCGAGGAGAAGUUGGAUGCUAUGCGUUGCCGAUGCUCGCAUAGCACUGAUGUUCAUGUGCCCAGACCUGCUCCACGAUCUCACUCAGAGAGGAGACGCGAGCCCGAGCCCGAGCCCGAGUCCGAGCCGGCGCAGCGUACAUCCUCAAAGGCCCCAUCGCAUCACCGAUCCCCUGCACACGAGUCUCCUGCACGAGAGGUGGGAUAUACUACUGGUGAUGGCAUGCAUACCCCGCAGUGGCAGCAUGAUCCGUUUGGUGGCUCGACUACUUUUGGGGAUGUGCAGACUCCGCACAUGGGUGUCCACCAGUUGCCCACAUUCGGUGAGUCGAGUUCUUAUGGUGGGCCACACUACUCAUGGGCUGAGCAGGGCACUAGUUCAGCAUACCCGCUUGACCCGCCUCGUUCUUCGAUGCCGAUCCUUAGAGAUGCCGGAUAUUCUCAGGCAGAGAUGCACGAGAUGUGGAAGCAGUAUAGUGGGGGAGUUUCUGAGGCAGUAGCUGCUGUUCCCCUAAGUAUUCGUGCACCAGAGGUUCCACGUAGAAGCCACCGACAACGGAACCCGUCGGCUGCACUUCAAUCACCAUACGUGCACAGCGCCGUGCCAAAACCCGUCGAGCAACAGUAUGUUGACGGGUUUGAACGUAUGAUGGAAGCUAGCCGCCGUGGAUGCUACCAGACGGUGUUGGCGGCAGAGAGCGGGCACCCUCUCACAUAUAACUUUUGGACCGGGAUGCAAAACACGAGGACUGACCUCACGACCAAUGCUGUUGAUAUGUACAUGAUGACGAUGAGAUCGAGGUUGAUCGCGCAUGCUGACUUGAUCGCGCAUUCUAUUAAUAUAAUUUUUAUUUGCUACAACAAUAUUUGGAUGAUGAAUUCAAAGACUUGCUGGCAGCUGCGCGCGCUAUGUUCCCCUCGAAGGCAGAAGAACGGCUUGUGAGGUCUGACAUUACUUAUGCUUCGUGGGUACCGCACUCCAAGAAGAUGUAUCUGGUGUAUGGCCAGGGAAUCUCUUCGACUCAUAACGAUUGGAUGCAUGCCACAACGCUCAUUUUGCCUAUAUUUGUGCUGGGACGUUUCAUUACAUGCCGAGUGGAUUUGCUGAGGGGUCACUGCGAUAUCUUCGAUUCACAGUUGUUCAAGACCCUGGCGCAGAAGCGCCACGAUGUGAUCGUCGCUCUAUAUUCGCUGUAGUGCCUUUUGGGUAGACUGCUUGACGUGAGCAAGUGGUUCGAAAGGACACAGAUUGUCGAGAACCCGUUGGAAACCAUCUCCUGGCGAACAUUGACAAUCCGCUAUGCCGAGGAGAAUGAGCAGUUUCAGCAGCCAGAUCAAUGCAGCUCUGGUGUUUAUGCGUGCAUGUAUGUGGAGCGUCUGAUAUCAGGCUCGCUGAGCCUUGCGUGGGGCAAUGGUCACUCCGCCGACUAUAGGCGCAAGAUAGGCAGUAGCAUCUACGAGUUUUGCAUCCCCCCGGAGCAAUAGAUUAUGUAUUUCUACUUUUAAAUGAUAAUUAUGCACAUUGACGUUUUGAUUAGAUGUUGGAGUA